UUUGCUUCUUGAAUUACUCCAGCUUUGAAUUGAAUAAGAAGAGGAUUGUUAUAAGAGGAUUCCUUUAUUUUCUGCACAGGAUUUAAACGGGAAAUGGGAAAUUGGAAGUGGACAGAAAUAAUCGUUCAAAGAAAACGGCUGUCCCUUGACCCUUGUCCCAACAAGAUCAAAUGAAAAACAUAGCAGUGGUUGACGUGAAUCUAAAUGAAAGCGUAACUUUGAUGUCGUCUUCUCCCAUUCUCUGGAGAUCCUUGUCCCAGUCACACAUCCAACGAUUCAUUCCCAAGACAUGGAGAUUAGAUAUCCACAAGAAUCAUCAAAUGGCAUGCUAUGUAAUCAACGAAUCUGUCACGGACUCCUCUGGAUCUUGUAUGGAAGGUUACUCAUCAAGGGAGGGAUCUUUGAUAGAUUCUCUUCAGUCAUCUCUCAAAACCUUUACAAGCCAAGGCCACCUUUCUAGGGCCUUCAAGACCUUCUCUCUUCUGCAGCUCCAUGCUGCUUCUUCUCGUGACAUUAUCAUAGAACCCCUCUCUUCUCUUCUCUUGUGCUGCACCAGCCUUAAAUCACUCCAAGAGGGAAAACAACUACAUGCCCAUAUCAUUUCCUUGGGUCUUGAACAACACCUUCUUCUGGUUCCCAAGCUUGUCACCUUCUACUCGAGUUUUGAUUACCUCAUUGAGGCUCAUGCGAUAACUGAGAAUUCUAAUAUUUUGCAUGCUUUGCCAUGGAAUCUAUUGAUUGCUGCCUAUGUUAGAAAUGGGCUUUCUAAGGAGGCUCUUUUGGCCUAUAAACAAAUGUUGUGCAAGGGUAUCAGGGCUGAUAAUUUUACCUAUCCAUCUAUUCUCAAGGCUUGUGCUGAGGAAUCUGAUUUGGGUUUUGGGAGGGAGAUACAUAGGUCGAUUGAUGAUAGCGGCCUUGAAUGGAGCUUGUUUGUACAGAAUGCAUUGAUUUCCAUGUAUGCAAAAUGCGGAGAGAUUGGUGUUGCACGUGCAUUGUUUGAUAAAAUGCCAGAAAAGGAUGUUGUUUCUUGGAAUACGAUAAUCUUUGGGUACGCUUCUAAACGUAUGUGGCAAGAAGCUUUUGAUUUGUUUGAAAGGAUGCAGAUAGAAUGUUCUGAAGUGAAUAUUGUUACUUGCAAUACCAUAGCUGGAGGGCGUCUGCAGAUUCACGACUAUAAGGGAGCUCUUGAUUUGAUUUCACAAAUGAGAAGUCGUUGUGCUUGCUUAGAUUCUGUUACAGUAGUCAUUGGUUUGGGUGCAUGUUCUCGAGGUGGGUUCUUAACAAUUGGGAGAGAGAUUCAUGGGUUUGCUGUUCGUAGUUGUAAUGAUAGGGUGGAAACUGUUAGAAAUGCAUUGAUUACCAUGUAUUCAAGGUGUAAGGACCUGAAACAUGCAUACAUAUUGUUUCAACUGAUAGAAUUUAAGAGUUUAAUCACUUGGAAUUCCAUGAUUUCAGGUUUCACUUCCUCAGAUCGAUCUGAGGAAGCUGCCUUCAUAUUUAGAGAACUGUUAUCAACUGGAGUUGAACCAAAUUAUGUGACGAUUGCCUGCAUUCUUCCACUCUGUGCUCGAGUAGCAAAUUUGCAACAUGGUAAGGAGCUUCAUUGUUAUAUAACUAAGCGUGGAGGGUUUGAGGACUAUUUGCUAGUAUGGAAUUCUCUUGUUGACAUGUACUCAAAAUCUGGGAAAAUCUUGGAAGCUCAAAGAGUAUUUAAUUUAAUGAAUAAAAGGGACGAAGUCACCUAUACUUCUUUGAUUGCUGGAUAUGGAAUUCAGGGGGAGGGACAAGUUGCAUUAAAGCUUUUUGAGGAGAUGGAUAAGCUUAUGAUCAAACCGGAUCAUAUUACAAUGAUUGCAAUCUUAUCAGCCUGUAGUCAUUCAGGUCUUGUUUCUGAAGGCCAAAUGCUCUUUGAGAAAAUGACAAGCUUGUAUGGAAUACAUCCUCGAUUUGAACACUUUGCCUGCAUGGUUGAUCUUUUUGGGAGGGCUGGUUUGCUGAGAAAGGCAGAGGAGGUCAUCAAAAUGAUGCCUUUUAGGCCAAGCCCCGCCAUGUGGGCAACACUUAUAGGGGCAUGUCGCAUCCAUGGGAAUGUGGAGGUUGGGGAAUGGGCAGCUGAGAAAUUGUUGGAGAUGAAACCUGAGAACUCUGGAUACUACGUCUUGAUUGCUAACAUGUAUGCAGCUGCAGGGUGUUGGAGCAAGCUUGCAAAGGUGCGGACAUUUAUGAGGGACUUGGGUGUUAGGAAGGCUCCUGGUUGUGCUUGGAUUAAUGUAGGCAGUGGGUUUUAUCCAUUUGUGGUUGGAGAUAGAUCAAGCCCCCAUGCACAAGACAUUUAUUUAUUAUUGGAGGGAUUGACUAAGCUUAUGCAGGAGGUUGGUUACGUUCCAUGUGAUGAAUUGGGAUUAAAUGCUGAUGACUUUGAGGAAUAGAAUGGAUAUUUCAGAUUCUUGCUCCAUCAGAAAGCCUCACAACCUGGUCCUUGGGAGCCGAAUUAGAAUCUGUUAACUCAAGCUAAAGCAUCUAGCAGAGAGAUGUAGCACAAAAUAUAUAUUUUGUUGAAGUCAUCCAGCUAUGCUACAACCAUUGGGUGAUGCAUUGGGACCUAAAGCUUGAGAAUUUCUUGUUUUCAGAUAGCACUAAAAUUUCAUUGAUGAGGGAUUAUCCUUACAUUUUGUUGUGUGGAGUUCCACCUUUCUGGGCAGUACAGAAACAGAAGGAACUGCACAGGAAAUUGUCCAAUUAGCAGUUAUUGGACUUUUGGCAGCAAUAAUAAUACUGGUAUUCAGACCAGGAUGAUCUCCAUAAGAAUUAUAGUAGAGAAGAUGAUGUUGCUUCAUUGCAAAAUACAGAAGAGGUGAUGUUGAAACAAGGCUGGGGACUAGUGGAGUGGAAGUCAGAAGUUGGAGCCAGUGAGCUCUUAAAAACAUCACCGGGUUUUAUGGAGCACAUCAUGCCACUUGUAUAUUUUGUGACGACUUGGGAAAGAUAAGGGAGGCUGUGAAAACAUCUUAAAAACUUAUCCGUGGCAGUAGUUUAUGGUUAUUGGAGUUGGAAUGGAGGGUUUUCCCUUUAAAGCUUUUGUUCACCACAGUUUAAGGUUGGGAUCAUUCUGCUAAUUUUUGUUUUACAGGAGUUUGCUUUGGGUUCAAUGAAGUGGUCAGAGCAAGAAUCCUGGGCUGCCAGUCUAGUGGAAGAAGUGCAGAGGCCGCAGGAACAUCUAUGGAGAGCCUAUUGAAUAGAGCAAAAAGCAUCGGUUUAGGGUUUUCUUGUGAGGAGUUAAGUACCCAGAUGGCAACGGCUGUUCGAAAGCUGAAUGAGGGGAAGGAGAGACUGAGUGCAGAUUGCUACUAUCAGGGGUGUACCCAAGGCUCAGAUGUUGCCAGCUCGGAAGGUGGUCAAACAACCCACCCUGAAACUUGCUACUUUGAAGCCGAGGGAGGAGCACACUCCAAAACCGAAACACAAACCGGCAGAGGUUGGGAUCAAGUAGACAAAACAAUUCCCCUUUGGAAGGAGACCCAUUGCUUUUCUUGAGUCAGGUGUGCGGCCUCUUGAAAUUUAGUUUAUUCAGCAUUGCAACAUGCAUGUGUUGUCCCUUUUGGCUUUCAGAUCAGGCAAAUAAUGGGAUUCUCAGAGUGUGGAAGCUUGGAAUUUGAUGAUAUGCAUAAUUUUUUCUUGUAUUAUCGCUAAUUAUGAUAGAAAGAUUGCACAACCUUUUACUCUUUGGUUGGAUAAUCUUAUUCAAGAUGAAGUUAUCUGUUUAAAAGAGAACAAAGUGUCAUUUUUAAUUGUUUUAGCAAA